AUGCACUUUUUCCUGGCUACAUCGCCGAUGGUUUUCAGCAGUGAUCGUGCAUUGGAGUACAAUCCUUAGAGUAGAAUGUGCAAUUACGCAUUGGGAAGCAUUGGCUCCCAUCCCAGUCCUGGAACAUAAUUACUUUUCCCUGUCUUUGGUUUUACUCUCGUAGGUACUAUUUUCAUCAACAUCAUAUUCGCCAGCAUGCAAAAACGAAGAAAGCAACUAGCCAAGACCGCGAGUCAAAGCGCAUCGAAAAACCAUUUCUGCGAGAUCAAAGCUGCAAAGAAGAUAGGGACGCUGACAGUGGGUUUCACAGCAUCUUUCACCCCCAUCGCGGUAUUUGUAGUUGGAAACGUAUUUGGCAAUGGUUGGUGCGGUUUUUCAUUCUUUGCCUUUUGGAUUUUGACCACGAAUGUUAUUAUAUAUAGUGUCAGACACCAGAAGUUUAGAAACCGAGCUUAUCAAUUACUCAUGUCGGCUCGUUGA